CCCUAGAAAGCAGUCACUGCAAUGGCCUAGUCGACUUCUCAAGGGAGCCUCCGCGUAUGGUUUAUUUUUCAUUUUUAAUAUCUUUCCUUUUCCUUUUUGUUCUCUAAUUUGUAGAAGAAAAACCGCCACCACAGGAAUCUACGGGUAGCCCGACGAACGCCUCAAAGCCCGCAACUCGCAAGCUCCGUCGUCCCGUGACAUCGGGGAGGCUCUCGAUGAAAUCAACGGGUGCUGCCGAAAGCCAAAAAUGGUUGACAGUGGCUGUCUCGGGCUCCAAGUUCCCAUGUCUGCCUUCUCGACCGAGACAACGGUCGACUCAGACUUGACUGGCCCAAGAUCCGGCUACUGUGCAUCACUCGCAGUUCGCCGCAUCUUCCCCGUCAGUUGUAAUUCUCGCCAGCAGGAUGUGCCCGACGAGUGUGUGAGUGUGGGACGGGAUGCUCCUGGUGUGCCACGCGGGAAUGGAGAUACGUACCGUACGUCCUCGGAGACCGGAGACGGCGCUCAGCUACCCACGCUACGGCCCCGCACCCCAUUCCCAUUUUUGGGAGGUUUUUUUUUGAUAUUCUAGUUCCGCCAUUACCAUCGCCAGCCAUUCACGUCGCCCCAAGCUCCUUAUCCCACUGAUAGCGGACAUGGUUGAUUGCUCGAAACCAUCAACUAAAAAGAUCUCGCCCCCAUGCCGACAAAGCUCGAGUCAGAAUGAGGAAUGAUAUAUAAAAGCGAGAUCCACAACCGCCGCUCUUGAUGGCCGUCCACUUUGACUCGGUCGUUACCCAUCGAGCCAAAUAGAGACAACUUGCUCCUCUUGUUGUUUUGCUUGCCUUUGCUCUCCGCCGUCGUCGUCAGCAAACACAACCGCCACUUAGUAUAUUCCACUGACCACUCAGGCAAAGGGGGCCCACGACGUGAGACGACUUACCUGGAACUGCCCACAAUGGACGAGGAUCAGGGACCAUCGCAAAUCGUCCCGGAGACGCCUCCCAAGAGGACAAUGGGACAACGCCUCCGCGGCGCCAGGAACCGCUUCUUCACCAAAGACGGCCUUGUUGGUGAUUACGACUACGCCUUCCUGUUCCGCCCAAACCUGCCCUUCAUGAGGAAGAGCCUGAGAGCCGCCCCCUUCUUCGGUCUCAACGACCGCAUGCCCACACUGCUGGCCCUGCUGUUGGGCUUUCAGCAUGCCCUCGCUAUGUUGGCCGGCAUCAUCACGCCUCCCAUCCUUCUGAGCGGUGCCGCCGGCGCCAACCUGACUGGCGAGAUGCAACAGUACCUCGUGUCGACGGCCCUCAUCGUCUCGGGCCUGCUGUCCACCAUCCAGAUCACCAGGUUCCACGUCCCAAAGACUUCCUACUACGUCGGCACCGGGUUGAUCUCCGUCGUCGGCAUCUCCUUUGCCAUCAUCCCUGUCGCCCAGGGCGCUCUCGCCCAGAUGUAUGCCAACGGCUUCUGCCCAACAGACGCCGACGGGAACAAGCUCCCUUGUCCCGAUGGCUACGGAGCCAUCAUCGGUUCCAGCGCUCUCUGCGCCCUUAUUGAAAUUGCCAUCUCCUUCAUGCCGCCCAAGGUCAUGCUGCGUGUCUUCCCCCCUAUUGUGACCGGCCCGACUGUCAUGCUCAUCGGCAUUCACCUCGUCGAGAGCGGCUUCCAGAACUGGAUGGGCGGCUCCGGCCCCUGCGCAAACCCGACCACCGACUUCUUCGCACGAUGCCCCAACAUCGCCGCCCCUCAUGCUCUUCCCUGGGGCUCUGCAGAGUACCUGGGUUUGGGGUUCUCCGUCUUCAUCACCAUCAUCCUCUGCGAGCGCUUCGGCGCCCCGAUCAUGAAGUCAACCUCUGUCGUCAUCGGUCUGCUUGUUGGAUGCAUCAUCGCCGCCGCCUGCGGGUACUUUGAUCGCUCCGGUAUUGACAGCGCCCCCGCCGUUUCUUUCGUCUGGGUACACACCUUCAAGCUCACUCUUUACGGACCACUCAUCCUACCUUUGCUCGCAGUGUACAUCAUCUGCGCCACCGAAGCCAUCGGGGACAUCACGGCCACCUGUGAUGUCUCCCGUCUCGAGGUCGAGGGUCGUCUCUUCGAGUCACGCAUCCAGGGCGGUGUGCUGGCCGAUGGAAUCAACGGUGUUCUCGCCGCUCUCAUGACCAUUACCCCCAUGACCACCUUCGCCCAAAACAAUGGUGUCAUUGCCCUCACUCGUUGCGCCAACCGUAGCGCUGGCUACUGCUGCUGCUUCUUCCUCGUCAUCAUGGGCAUCUUCGCCAAGUUUGCCGCCUCGCUCGUUGCCAUCCCCUCCUCCGUUUUGGGCGGCAUGACCUCCUUCCUCUUCACCGCCGUCGCCGUCUCCGGCAUGGCCAUCAUUACGAAGGGCGUACCCUUCAACCGCCGCAACCGCUUCAUUCUCACCGCCGGCCUGACGCUCGGUUACGGCGCCACGCUCGUGCCGACUUACUUCGACAACGUCUUUACCUACGCCGGCGACAACCGCGGUCUCCGAGGCUUCCUCGAUGCCAUCGUGCUCAUCAUGGAGACGGGCUUCGCCAUCACGGCCUUUGUCUGCAUGCUCCUUAACCUCGUCCUCGCCGAGGAGAUUGAGGACACUGAGGGCCAUGACGUUGUCCCCAUCGCCGGCAGUACCCCGUCCAAGGAUGCCAAUGGCGCAGAUAGUGCCCGCGGGGCGGAUUCUGAGGACAUCCAGCCUGUUGGACACAUUGGCGGUGCCAAAGGCGACGAGAAGCUGUCUUGAGAUGGUGGAACGCGGGUCUGGACAUUGGACUUGUUACAAUUGAUCAAACAUGUUUUGGCUUUGCGAGUAUCUCGAAUAUCCGUCGUGCAAAAUACCCUCUCUUGGACUUUGUUGUCCUUUCAAGCCUUUAAUAGUCUUACUUGCCUUGACUUGGUCUCUAUCUAGGCUUGCUUGCUUACAGCCACUCGUCAGACGUGAUGAAUGAU